AUGCCUAAAAAUUAUAAGAACAGUCUACUUGUGGGUGUAAAAGAAAUGCCUGGACUUAACACUCUUGGUAUUUCUACUUCUCGUGCUGACAUUGAACCACUACGUUUUAUUCCAUUUCACACGCACCCUCGAGCUACUGAGCUGAUAACUGUCCUGAAGGGUACUCUGUAUCUUGGAUUUCUUGUGCCUGAUCCUGCAAACUUCUUUAAGAGUCGCCUCUUCUCCAAAAUCUUGAAUCCUGGUGAUGUGUUUGUGUUUCCAAUAGGUCUUAUUCACUUCUUGUAUAAUGUGGGACACAAAAAAGCUGUUGUUUUUGGCACUUACAACAGUCAAAAUCCUGGACUUAUCGCGAUUCCUAGUUCAAUCUUUGCUUCAGAACCGCCUAUCAUGGACGACAUUCUUGCCAAAGGCUUCCAGCUGAAUAAGACAGAGAUUGCACAACUUGGAAAGAAAUACUCUUAG